CCCGUGCGACUACUUAUACCCCCGGACCUAUACAUAUGAAAUCUAUGCGGCAAGCCACAGAUGACUUGCCACUUAAUUUUGGUUUUACUGGGAAAGGUAAUAGUGCUAAACCAGAAGGUAUACAUGAAAUAAUUAGGGCUGGUGCAAUGGGACUAAAGCUUCAUGAGGAUUGGGGAACCACUCCUGCUACUAUCGAUAAUUGUUUGGCUGUUGCAGACCAAUAUGAUAUCCAGGUUAAUAUCCAUACAGACACCUUGAAUGAAUCUGGAUUCGUUGAACACACAAUUGCUGCAUUUAAGGAUAGAACAAUUCACACAUACCACAGGUAAAAGAUGAAAGCAUGUAGCUU